GCUAGAUAUUCCACACUCAGUACAGGACCUGGAAUUAAGAGGACUCCCAACCCACACAAUGGCAGGAGAUAAGAUUACUGGAACCUUGGUUUUCACUGUCUUCACUGCAGCACUGAGUUCUUUCCAGUUUGGAUAUGACAUUGGUGUGAUCAAUGCACCUCAACAGAUAAUAAUAUCUCAUUAUAGAAAUGUUUUGGGUAUUCCACUGGAUGAUCGAAAGACUACCAACAACUAUGUUAUCAACACUACAGAUGCACUGCCCACACUCCCACACCCAGGGAACCCAACACCAGACCCUUGGCCUGAGGAAGAAACUACAACAUCUACUGGCCUAGUCACCAUGCUCUGGUCCUUGUCUGUGUCCACUUUUGCAGUGGGUGGGAUGAUUGCAUCGUUCUUUGGUGGGUGGCUUGGAGACAAGCUUGGAAGAAUCAAAGCCUUGUUGGCAGCAAACAGUCUCUCAUUAGCCGGAGCUCUCUUGAUGGGGUGUUCCAAAUUGGGACCCUCUCACAUUCUCAUAAUUGCAGGAAGAAGCAUAUCAGGACUCUACUGUGGACUAAUUUCAGGGUUGGUCCCAAUGUAUAUUGGAGAAAUUGCUCCAACCUCACUCAGGGGUGCGCUUGGCACCCUUCACCAGCUGGCCAUUGUCACAGGCAUUCUUAUUAGUCAGAUUAUUGGCCUUGACUUUAUCCUGGGCAAUCAUGACCUAUGGCACAUUCUGUUCGGCCUAUCUGCUGUGCCAGCCCUUCUGCAGUCUCUGUUACUACUCUUCUGUCCAGAAAGCCCCAGAUAUCUUUAUAUCAAGUUGGAAGAGGAAGUCAAAGCAAAGAAAAGCUUGAAAAGACUCAGAGGAAGUGAUGAUGUCACCAAAGACAUGAAUGAGAUGAAAAAGGAAAAAGAUGAAGCAUCAAGUGAACAGAAGGUCUCCGUGACUCAGCUUUUCACUGAUUCCAGCUACCGGCAGCCCAUGAUCGUGGCACUGAUGCUGCACAUGGCUCAGCAGUUUUCUGGGAUCAAUGCAAUUUUUUACUACUCAACCAGUAUUUUUCAGACAGCUGGCAUCAGCCAGCCUGUUUAUGCAACCAUUGGAGUUGGUGCCAUCAACAUGAUUUUCACUGCUGUAUCAGUAUUGCUUGUGGAGAAGGCAGGACGGCGCUCUCUGUUUCUAAUUGGAAUGAGUGGGAUGUUUUUCUGUGCCAUCUUCAUGUCCCUAGGACUUGUGUUACUGGACAAGUUUGCUUGGAUGAGUUAUGUGAGCAUGACAGCCAUCUUUCUCUUUGUCAGUUUCUUUGAAAUUGGGCCAGGCCCUAUCCCCUGGUUCAUGGUAGCUGAGUUCUUCAGCCAAGGACCACGCCCUACAGCUCUAGCGCUAGCUGCCUUCAGCAACUGGGCUUGCAAUUUCAUUAUAGCUUUGUGUUUCCAGUACAUUGCGGACUUCUGUGGACCUUAUGUGUUUUUCCUCUUUGCUGGGGUGGUCCUGGCCUUUACUCUGUUUACAUUUUUUAAAGUUCCAGAAACUAAGGGAAAGUCUUUUGAGGAAAUUGCUGCAGAAUUCCGAAAGAAGAGUAGUUCAGCCCAACGGCCGAAAGCUCCCGUAGAAAUGGAAUUCCUUAGACCCACAGGGACUGUAUAAAGAUGAUUUGCUUUUUUAUAUGAAGAAAACAGGAGAGAAAUAUAUUUUAAUGAUUUUUUGAGGUUAUACACACAUUUCAAAGUAUUAUUUUAUUGUUAAAGAAUUUUAUUGACUCUGAUUAGAAAUACUAACAAAUGUUACCAAGGAAAGUAUUUUUUUAGAGGCUCAAUCUAUUUUUAGUAGACUUUGUAACUAAGUAAAUAAAAUGACUAGCUAGCUUGUUUUGGUACUCUAAAUGACAAUGAUGUUCUAAUUUGCUAUUUUAAAUUACACUGUUCCCCUGAAAUUCAAGAGCUUUUAAUAUAUUAUUGCUUCAUUACAUGAGCGACAGGAAUCGUGAAGAUACAACUAAUAUUUAUAUAUUUAAAUAUGGUUAAACUGUAAUUCACUGACCCAUAGCUAGUGGCAGUAAGAUUCAUGUUAAAAUCAACUUUUCUAUUUCUCUUAUUCACCUAUCUUGUUUAUUAGAAUUUGUACUUUGUUUAACAUUUUAGUUUUCUGCACCCUCAUGCAGAAUGAUUUACUGAAUACCAUAAAAUAUAUUUAUGAAGAAAAACAUUUAUUUCAAGAUCCGAAGUGAGCAUAAAUAGUCUAAGAGCUCUAUGCUAGACUGAACUUUAGACAAAAAUAUAGAGACUUUGAGCAGGGGAGGAACAAGAAAGUGUUCCUGGGUGGCUCCAGUUCACUUUUUUAGCAUGCUAAUGGCCUUUGGGAAGUCCAGUGUUAUGAUGAUAAAGGAAUCUGCCCCUUUUUAGGGGAAGAACGCCAUUUAUAUCAAAUCACAAUUCUUGUCUCAUUUACUAAAAAAAUUAAUUAGUAAAGUUU